GUUUGGGACCUGUGCCUGGAUGUGCCGUAAGUUUCAGCCACGAGAUGGCAGCAUUUCACCUGCUGCGGCAGCCUCACCUCUGCAUGAACCGCUGACACGGAGAAGGGUCUGGCUGCUGCAGCCAGGUGCUCUUGCUGACACGGCACACACAGACACAAACACACGUCUUCCUGUCUUUGUGAGGACGUUUACUGACAUGAUCACAGGUGAGCAGCUAGUUUAAACUCUUUAGCAGAGUUUUUCUGGUGUGAUGGGAACAUAUCCAUACAUCAUAAAAAUAAAUUCUAAAAGCAUUUGUUCUGUGGUUGUUUUUAGGACGGUUUUAAUGUGUUUCUGCUCAUAUCUAGUUCUGAGCAAUAGAUUUGUGAGAAAAGUAUUAAUGUUGUAUUGUACUAACGAAAUAUAAUUCCUGAAAAUAUACCACAAGUUCAUCACCCAAAGUGACAAGAGGCCACAGAAUGUCCCAAUCAAGGCUGUAAAUUCUCUGUCAAAAUCUGGUAACACCUUCGGGGUUUUGUUUGUUUUGAGCCCAUUUAAUGCAGAGUUCAGAUUAACAUAGACCGUAUAAAACAGAUGGACGUAACCAUAAUCUCUGGUUAACAAAAACCUUUUUGUGAAGCCUUGAGAUGAAUGUUUUUGCUGCUCCCAUCUUAGUUUGCCACAAUCUGACAUCACACACGGGGCAGACCUGACUGCUCACUCAUAAAGUGGUGUACUUAUGAAUGAACAGCCAGGCCCAUCAUGGAGCAUAUGCUGCUUUACCACCGUUCUAGAUCAUUAUGUGCAAUAUUAUGUUGAAUUCAGUAGUAACUUAAACUGGUCAUCGAGCCAAUAAACUGACUGCCUGAAUCAGUGGUCACAAAUCUGAAUUUAGCCUCACCCCUGAAAGGUGUCCUCACUCUCAGUACAUGUUCCCACUUCCCACAUUUAAAUCUCUCCACCGGUCCUUUCAAAUUUAGCCGUGCGAGGAUAUACACACACGGAGACAGAGUAUGGGCGUGGCUUCAGUGACCCCGUGGAGAAGGGCGGACCCGGGAUCCUUUAAAGCAUCCCGGUCGGGCCAGGAUGCUCUGCACAAGCCAGCAGCUUCACUUCGCAUCGAGAGAGUCAGCCUCCACCCUCCAUCCUCCACCCUUCAUCCUCCAGCAGGUCUGUGCAGCUACUAUCGGCAUGUCGAACUCGGACAGGGUUGUGUUAGCUCUAGGAGGAGCGGGAAAAGUGGGCUCCGGGAUCGUUAAAGGACUGCUGGAUAAAGGUUUUAAAGUUGCAGUGAUCUCCAGGGACAGCAGCCGCCUGGAGAAACUCCGAUCGUUUGUCUCUCCCAACACAAAGGAUAACCUAACCACUAUAGUGGGAAAUGUGGGCUCAGAGGAGGAAGCCGAGCAGGUGAAGCAGGCCCUGCUGAAGGAGGUGGGGAAAGUCACCGACAUAGUUUCCUCUCUGGGCUUCAGCUGGUGGCAGGGAGGACCCCCACACACCCAGUCCCUCAAAGAUCUACACUGGGUAAUUGAGACGUUGCUUUUCAGCACAUUUGUGUCAUGGAAGGCCUUCUACCCCUUGGUGAGGGACGACUCCAACUGUACCUAUACGUUCAUCACAGGAGGAGCAGGAGAGAAGCUGCUGAUGCCUGGUACAGGCUUCCUCACAGUGGGCGCUGCCAGCACCCUGGCUUUCUGCCAGGUACUCCGCGAGGAGUACCCCGAGGUGCCCUGCAAACUCAACCAGGUGAAGAUUAACACAGGUGUAGCCACUCCUGAUCACAUGGCCCCCGGCUUCCUCAACCAUCUGGACCUGGGUGAGGCUGUUGCCGCCCUCAUCGAAAGACGAAACACCUCCCACACCGUUUUCACCAUCAACUGCCCUGCAGACUUAAAGAGCGUCCUUCUGGAGAGGAACCUUUAGACUCCCAAAAAAAGACCCCAGCUUCCUCCAGCAUCUCCUGGACAGGAUCGCACUGCUUCUUCUCCUGCGCACUCCAGAAAUAAUCUCCUUUGAUUUCCUGUCAUGCAACUCUGAAACCCAUCCAUGCUAGGCGUUGCAUAUUUUCCUUCCAGUUCUCACAUCGUUAGCAAGUUUUCUCUCAGCAUGUGCUUUUUAUGGGAUAUGUAAGAAAACCAACACCUUCUCCCUAUUAUCUGUUUCUGUGCGUUGUUACAUAGUCUGUUCUGCCAGCCGCAUCAACAGAAGACGUGAUACACAGCUCCUUUUUGGUAUAAGUGUCAUCUUAAGGCCAAAAAAUCAGACAGAGCACAUUGAUAACGACUGUAGCCAAGUUAGCCAAGAUCCCAACAACUGGUCCAAAAUGUAAAUGUAUCUACAGGCCUAGACUGUACUCAGUGGAAGUUUUGACCACUACGCGUUCAACGGAAUAAUUUUUUAAUAAGCUAGUUCUGCAGCAGCAUGCACUCAGACAAGUGGCUGUUACUACCAACAAAACACCAAUGUCCAAACAUAGCGCUUAGGGAACAGACGCAAACAUGCAAAUAGCGCAAGACAAAAAUCUUCUUUGUCUUCAAUGAGGUCGCUGGGCCUCAAAGAAGCACUAAAUGUAACUGUGUUUCCAUGGCAACACCAUGAGGCAUCUCCCGGUACAGUUAAAAAGCUGAAGAGAACAAACUGUCACACUUCAGCCGUGCAUGUAUCUGGACAGACUUUAGUUCAGUAUGCUUGAAAUUUAUCAACCAUGACUAAAGAGAACGUGUUGCUACAUGAUGGAGUUAAAAAGUUUGCCAUUGCUGCAUCCACUUUCUCCCUCCCCUCUUGCUUCUCUGAGAGCUUCAGUGUUUCCCGGCGGUGUAAUCGCACUUAACUCUGUGAAGUAUCCUGAUUUGUUUUAAAAGAGAGAGACAAACCUACAUCCCACAUCUUUUUGCCGACUUUCUAAAUCAUUUCAGAAGCUUUUAGAUCAUCCAGGAGACACUUUGUUUGCGGCGUGCUUUAAGUGAGCAAGUUCAUACAACAUGUCAGACUGCUGGUUUUGGAAAGCUCAGAUACAGUCAGAUGAUCCAGCCAUCAAAGUAUAGCAGCUAAACUGGAUGAAGAUUGCGACAUUUGCCUGGUUACAGAUUCAGCAGCUUGAGCCAUUUUAGCCUCUUUGUAGCGCUUAUGCAAAAAAAAAGUUUUACAAACACAAAUAAACAAGAUAUAGACAAUA